UACUGUACAGAAUACCCGGAUAUGCAUUUAAGUGCUGGCAACAACAACAGAAAAAUACUAACAAAAUAGUUUAAAAAUAAGAUAAAACAACAAGCGGGUUGUUUGUACAGACUUGGUUCUUGUAGCUAUCGUUGACUAGUACGUAUGUGCUCUUCUUCUGGCACAGUGCAACGAAAAGUUAGGUUAGCUACUUAUUUGAGCUCUCGAGGGUGCUGAUAUGCCAUUUUUGUUUCCACGGACUUUUUGUAACAUUUUAAAAUAUAUCCUCGACAUUUAAAUGUUCAGAUUCAUGCUCAGGAACGGACUCGGUCAUACGGACAUUUAAAGACCCGAUUUUUCUAAACUAUGUUUUGUGUUUAGUUUAGUUUUUUUUUUGCAUGACGGAAAAUAUAACAUUUUAACGAUCAUAGAUAUAGCACAGGCGCUGUGGACGUUUUCUGUUUUACAAGUACUUUUGGUAUUUAAUAUAGCUCUUUAUCGUUUAAAAUCAUGGAAAAUUAUAUGUAUCUUGUUUUUCUCAUACCAAUAUUAUCUUGGUCGUUCGGCAAUUUUUUAAGCAAUUCAAUCGCUGGGCUUGCCACUUGUUUAAAAAAUACAAUUUUUUAAUUAUUCUUGUAGUAUUGUAGUUGUAUGGACAGCACUUUCCGUUACAAUAUAUUUUUAAACGCAUACUUUGCAAUACUGUCCAGCCACGAUGCUUGCUGCUUUGAGUUCUAUACAGUGUCAACGUGUUUAGAUAAUUAAAUUAUACAUGUAUGCGUAAUAAAUAACUUGUGCAGAAUCUUUUUUUUUUUUUUUAAUUAUUAACAUCUUGGAAUCAGGCAUGGAAUUUAGGGCAGUUAUCAACAUGUCUUAUUCUUAAUCUGUAUAUUUGCAAGCCGUAUUCAACGUACGUCGGUAGUUUUAUUUGUGCACUGUCGUGCAGUGCAACACAGUGAUGGAUAGUCUGGUGGAUUUCGAAGAGUGUAUUAAGGAUUCUCCCAGAUUCAGGAGGAGUCUGGGUGAGUCUGAGAGCGAGGUGACUGAACUGGAGAACAGACUGGACAAGUUGGUGAAACUUUGCAACAGGAUGGUGGAAGCGGGACAGGCAUACAACGAAGCCAAUCAGCUGUUUUUGGGCGGGGUUGCAGAGUUUUCCCAAUACUAUAGAAAAGACAGCACAGUUACGACCUGCCUGACGCACUUCACACAGGGGCUGCAGGAGAUGAUCCAUUUCCACAUGAUGCUGUUCGAUCAGGCUCAGAGAUCAGUGACUCAGCAGCUUCAGACCCUGCUCACAGACUCAAUCCCCCAGCUAAGGGAGGCACGGAAGGAGUUCUCCCGGAUCACUGAGGAUUUGGAGCAGGCUGCAGCGAAGAGCGCCCAGGCCGCUCGACACAAGGCCCAGGACGCUGAGAAAGCCAGUCACCUGCUACUAGCCACCCGGAAGUGCUUCCAGCACAUUGCCCUGGACUACAGUCUGCAGUUGAAUCAUUUUAAGAUGCAGCAGAAGGUGGAUAUUUUGAAUUCGCUCUUCUCCUAUUUCCAUGCCCAGUACACAUUUUUCCACCAAGGCUAUGAUCUUCUCAAGGACCUCGACCCUUCUAUGAAGAAGAUGGCGAUUCGGCUAGCUCAGCUGUCCACUGACUGCACUGAAAAAAGAAAGCAGCUGGAGCACACACACCUCCUGGUUCAGCAGAGGGACGCUGCUGAAGACAGUGUGGUGACAUUAAGCCCUCUGAACGGGGUCACGAUCCAGGGCUAUUUGUUUAAGCGUUCGAAGAGGAAAAUAAAGAACUGGAACAGACGGUGGUUUUCCAUUCAAAACAACCAGCUGGUUUAUAUGAAAUCACAUAAGGAAGAACCUAUUAUAUUGGUGGAUGAUCUGAGACUGUGCACUGUGAAAGCCCUGGAUACCACCGAGAGACGGUUUUGUUUUGAAGUUGUGUCGGUGCAAAUGAGCUGUGCACUGCAGGCAGAUUCUGAAGGGCUGAGACAGGCCUGGAUCACCGCAGUGCAGGGUAGCAUCGACCUGGCCUACCGCCAGGAAACAGAGCCGACACACACGCUGGCUGUGUCGAGCCUGCCCUCCCCCCAGACCCCUCCUCUGAGGCAGGACCAGGCCCCUCACAGGCCUCCCAUCAUGGGGCUGGUGCAUCAGGUGGCUGGGAACGAGCAGUGCUGUGACUGCAGCCAGGCAGAGCCUCGCUGGGCUAGCAUCAACCUGGGCAUCACACUCUGCAUCGAGUGCUCAGGGAUUCACAGGAGUCUGGGAGUUCAUCUGUCAAAGGUCCGAUCACUGACUCUGGAUUCCUGGGAGCCUGAACAGCUGAAGUUAGUCUGUGGUUUGGGGAACAAUGCUAUCAACCAGAUCUUUGAAGCCCACUGUGAAGAAGGGAUGGUCAAAGUGACAGCCAGCAGCUCAAGACAGGAGAAGGAGUCCUGGAUUAAAGCGAAAUAUGUUGAGAAGAGAUUUGUCAAGAAGAUUUCUUCUCCACAGUCAGACUCCAGCCUAUCUGGUGACCAGACAGGCCACAGUGCCGGGGGUCUGGGGCUGCAGCUGUACAAGGCCUCUCGAGAGGGAGAUCUGAUCACCAUGGCAAGUGCACUGGCUCAGGGAGCAGGCGUGAACUGGACCAACCCUGAGGAGGAGGGGAGAACACCACUGAUCAACGCAGCCUGUGGGGGCUCGCUCGUGGCUUGUGAGUUCUUGCUGCAGAAUGGAGCCAAUGUGAAUCACAGAGACCAUCGGGGUCAAGGGGCUCUGCACACCGCCACCUACUGGGGGCACACUGGUCAGGUGUGUUUGUUUCUUAAGAGAGGAGCCAAUCAGUAUGCAGUAGAUGAGAGAGGGAAGGACCCACUCAGCAUCGCCAUGGAAACGGCCCACGCAGACAUUGUAACACUGUUGCGCAUGGCUCGGAUGAACGAGGAGAUGAGGGAUUCGGAGGGCUUCUUCGGGCCGAUGGGUGACGAUGAAACCUUCCAGGACAUAUUCCGUGAUUUCACCCACAUGGCCUCCAACGACCCGGAGAAACUGUCGAGACGCCAGUUUGAGAGAGAGAAAGAAAAGCGGGAUGAAUGUGAGGGAAGCGAGAAUGAGGGAGGGGCUGGGAAGGCAGAGGGUGGAGGGAGGUGACACAGAGUGAAGUGUGAAAAGUACGGGGGGGGGGAGCAGGAGCUGAAAUGUGAAUGUCUUAGAAAAAUAAAAUAAAAUAAAAUAAACACACACAACAGGGCAGGAAACUACAUCAGCAGUUACACAGGGGAAGUUUACCAAACCAGUGAAGCAGAUGGAGACAUUGUGUUAUUACUUUUACCAGAAUUAACAUUUUCAAGCCUUUUAGUAUUGUUACUAAUAAAAAUACAAUUUAAUACAUGAACCUACAGCUGUGGAGUCUGCCAUGUUUCCAGCUGCAUAUUGAAACCCGUCUGUUAAAUUUUGUUCCAAUAUUAAACUGGAGCUACGUCCUGCAUUACAUGCAGUUUGAGAUACUCUUUAGGGAGUUUAAUUUUUUCCAGUCCACAAACCUAGUGGGCUGAACAGUCUAAAUUUAAAAUGAUUUGAUCUCGUUCUGUCAACUGAUGGAAACAAGCAGAAUUUCUAAACUCUUUCUGCACAGUCUAGGAGAUAGAAACAGGAACAUGCGAUUGUGACAGUAUCAUGAAGAGGCUUGUUAUGAAGAUGGUGCAAGGUCAAAAAAUAAUGUAGAUUGAAAUGGAAUGGAUUUUUAACGGACAAAAAAAAAGCCAUCUAAUAAAAAACAAUUUUAAAAACGGUUUGUUGUCUGCUUGAU